CAACCACUCCAAACGCCUUUUGCCAGGCUGGAGGAAAGGGGCUCACCCUGAAGACUUUGGUUCGAAGUCAUUUGCAUUUUUAUGGGGUUUUUUUUUUUUUUUUGCUAACUUAGAGGAUCCCAUGUGGAAUCCUGUUCCGCUGAGGGUAGAGGCUCUCACUGUCCUUCCUAAUCCUCAUCAAACAGUUUAGACAACAGUUAACACGCUGUCGGUGUCCAUGGACACGGGGAGCAGCCCUGGGGCUCCCGACCCUGGGGGCCUUGGCACAGGAGCCUGGCAAGGGGGAAGCGCUCCUGGGCCAGCUCCUCUUUUAAAACUGCCUCUGGAAGGGGCAGGGCGUUUAGAGAACUUGGGCAGUUAAUUCAUACCGAGCGUUUAGGAUGUUCUCCUGUGUGAUCUGUUAUUCCAUCUGAGCCUCGCGGGAGCCCCGAGAGAGUUAAGCCAGGCCUGGUGAGUUAAUCUGCUUUUUCAAAUUGUUAAUAAUGAAAGUGACACCAGGCCGCCAUCCAGUAUCACUUCAUGCUCACGACCAGUUUACACGGCUUAGCGCGUGAUCCUCAUAGGAGAUGGACUUUCUGGCCGAGACCAGCCGGUGGAGCUGCUCAACCCUGCCCGCGUGAACCACAUGCCCAGCACUGUGGACGUGGCCUCGGCCCUGCCUCUGCCGGUGGCCCCCCCGGGGGUGCCCAUGGACCUGCGCCUGGACCACCAGUUCCCGCUGCCCGUGGCAGAGCCGGGCCUCCGCGAGCAGCAGCUGCAGCAGGAGCUCCUGGCGCUCAAGCAGAAGCAGCAGCUGCAGAGACAGAUCCUCAUCGCUGAGUUCCAGCGGCAGCACGAGCAGCUGUCCCGGCAGCACGAGGCCCAGCUGCACGAACACAUCAAGCAACAGCAGGAGCUGCUGGCCAUGAAGCACCAGCAGGAGCUGCUCGAGCACCAGCGGAAGCUGGAGAGGCACCGGCAGGAGCAGGAGCUGGAGAAGCAGCACCGGGAGCAGAAGCUGCAGCAGCUGAAGAACAAGGAGAAGGGCAAAGAGAGUGCCGUGGCCAGCACGGAAGUGAAGAUGAAGCUGCAGGAGUUUGUCCUCAAUAAAAAGAAGGCCCUGGCUCACCGGAACCUGAACCACUGCAUGUCCAGUGACCCCCGCUACUGGUACGGGAAGACGCAGCACAGCUCGCUGGACCAGAGCUCCCCGCCCCAGAGCGGGGCAUCGGCCUCCUACAACCACCCGGUCCUGGGCAUGUACGACGCCAAAGACGACUUCCCUCUCAGAAAGACAGCUUCUGAACCCAACCUGAAAUUACGCUCCAGGCUAAAGCAGAAAGUGGCUGAGAGACGCAGCAGCCCCCUGCUACGCAGGAAAGAUGGGCCAGUGGUCACGGCUCUGAAAAAGCGUCCCCUGGAUGUCACAGACUCAGCAUGCAGCAGCGCCCCGGGUUCCGCGCCCAGCUCGCCCAACAACAGCUCCGGGAACGUGAGCACGGAGAACGGGAUCGCGCCCGCCGUCCCCAGCAUCCCGGCCGAGACCAGCCUGGCACACAGACUCGUGUCGCGAGAGGGCUCGGUGGGCCCGCUGCCCCUCUACACGUCGCCGUCGCUGCCCAACAUCACGCUGGGGCUGCCCGCCACCGGCCCCUCCGCAGCGGCGGCCGGCCAGCAGGAGGCCGAGAGACUGGCCCUCCCAGCCCUGCAGCAGCGCAUCUCCCUCUUCCCCGGCACCCACCUCGCCCCCUACCUGGGUGCAGCACCCCUGGAGCGGGACGCGGGGGCGGCCCCCGGCUCCCUCCUGCAGCACGUGGUCCUCCUGGAGCAGCCGCCCGCACAGACACCCCUCGUCACAGACCGCUACCUUGCAGGCCUGGGCGCGCUGCCCCUGCACGCGCAGCCCCUGGUGGGGGCAGAGCGCGUGGCGCCCUCGGUGCACAAGCUGCGGCAGCACCGCCCGCUGGGCCGCACGCAGUCGGCGCCGCUGCCCCAGAGCGCGCAGGCACUGCAGCACCUGGUCAUCCAGCAGCAGCACCAGCAGUUCCUGGAGAAGCACAAGCAGCACUUCCAGCAGCCUCAGCUGCACCUCAACAAGAUGAUCCCCAAACCCAGCGAGCCGGCCCGGCAGCCCGAGAGCCACCCCGAGGAGACGGAGGAGGAGCUGCGGGAGCACCAGGCGCUCCUGGAGGAGCCCUUCCUGGACCGGCUCCCGGGGCAGAAGGAGGCCCACUCGCUGGCCGGGGUGCAGGUGAAGCAGGAGCCCAUCGAGAGUGACGACGAGGAGGCGGAGCCCCCACGGGAGGCGGAGCCCAGCCAGCGGCCGCCCACGGAGCAGGAGCUGCUCUUCAGACAGCAAGCCCUCCUCCUGGAGCAGCAGCGGAUCCACCAGCUGAGGAACUACCAGGCGUCCAUGGAGGCCGCCGGCAUCCCUGUGUCCUUCGGCGGGCACCGGCCCCUGUCCCGGGCGCAGUCCUCCCCCGCGUCCGCCACCUUCCCCAUGUCCGUCCAGGAGCCCCCAGCCAAGCCAAGGUUCACCACAGGCCUCGUGUACGACACGCUGAUGCUGAAGCACCAGUGCACCUGUGGGAACACCAACAGCCACCCGGAGCACGCCGGGCGUAUCCAGAGCAUCUGGUCGCGGCUGCAGGAGACCGGCCUGCGAGGCAAAUGCGAGUGCAUCCGCGGACGCAAGGCCACGCUGGAGGAGCUGCAGACAGUGCACUCGGAGACGCACGCCCUGCUCUACGGCACGAACCCUCUCAACAGGCAGAAACUGGACAGUAAGAAACUUCUAGCCAGAGCAGAAGGUCAGGAGUUGCGGGCACCUAGGAAGGUGCUCACCGCUCGGAGGCCAGACUUCUGGGAGUUGCCAUGGAAGCCAAGACUGGCCUUAGAAUCCUUGGAGGGGAGACACCAUGUCCACAGAACACGGACAAAGACAAGAGAACAGGAGACAAGAACAUUCAGGGGCAGUAGCAUGAAACAUGGUCUCGGAAAUCGAGUCCUGGGCUGGAAGGGACAGGGAGUCGAACGUGACCAGAGCUGGACACCAGGAAGCCGGAGAAGAGAAGGAAAUCCGAGGAGCAUCCCUAGUGCGCGGGCCCAGGAGCUUCCAGAGGACAUGGAGAGGAAUGGCUCUCUAACGUCCGUGUUCGUCAGGCUGCCCUGCGGUGGUGUCGGGGUGGACAGUGACACCAUAUGGAACGAGGUGCACUCGUCGGGGGCCGCCCGCCUGGCCGUGGGCUGCGUGGUGGAGCUGGUCUUCAAGGUGGCCACAGGAGAGCUGAAGAACGGCUUUGCUGUGGUCCGCCCUCCAGGACACCACGCAGAGGAGAGCACACCCAUGGGGUUCUGCUACUUCAACUCCGUGGCCAUCGCUGCCAAGCUUCUCCAGCAAAGGCUGAGUGUGAGCAAGACCCUCGUGGUGGACUGGGAUGUGCACCACGGGAACGGGACCCAGCAGGCCUUCUACAGCGACCCCCGCGUGCUCUACAUCUCCCUGCACCGCUAUGACGAUGGCAACUUCUUCCCGGGCAGCGGCGCGCCCGACGAGGUGGGCACAGGCCCUGGCGUGGGCUUCAACGUCAACAUGGCUUUCACUGGCGGCCUGGACCCCCCCAUGGGAGACGCAGAGUACCUGGCAGCCUUUAGGACCGUGGUCAUGCCGAUCGCCAGCGAGUUCGCCCCAGACGUGGUGCUCGUGUCCUCGGGUUUCGACGCCGUGGAGGGCCACCCCACACCCCUCGGAGGCUACAACCUCUCCGCCAAGUGUUUCGGGUACCUGACGAAGCAGCUGAUGGGCCUGGCAGGCGGCCGGGUCGUCCUGGCGCUGGAGGGGGGCCACGAUCUCACAGCCAUCUGCGACGCCUCGGAAGCCUGCGUCUCUGCCCUGCUGGGGAACGAGCUCGAUCCUCUCCCAGAAAAGGUCUUACAGCAGAGACCCAACGCCAACGCCGUGCGGUCGAUGGAGAAGGUCAUUGAAAUCCACAGCCAGUACUGGCGCUCCCUGCAGAGGCUCGCCUCCACCACCGGCUACUCCCUGGUCGAGGCCCAGAAGUGUGAGAACGAGGAAGCUGAGACUGUUACUGCCAUGGCCUCGCUGUCUGUGGCCGUGAAGGCCCCCGAGAAGAGACCCGAUGAGGAGCCCAUGGAAGAGGAGCCGCCCCUGUAGCCGCUCCCGCGAGCGCGGGUCUCUUGUUUGUCUGUCUCCGUCUUGAAGCUCCGCCGAGAAAAGUUGCUGCCGCCCUGCGUCCUGCCGGCCUCCUUCGAGCCCGCGGGCGCGGCGGGGCGAGCCGCAGCCGGCGGCCCUCUGCCUGCCGGACCCGGGCAGACGCCGGGACGCGCGGGAGCGGGCGCUCCGAGACCCCCCUCCAGGGCAGCCGCGGAGGGAGGGAGUCCGCGGGGGCUCGGGGCAGAGCCGCCUGCCGAGCGAGCCGACCCGAGGAAAAGAAAAUGAAAAUCAAAGAUCUCACGACACAAAACAAGCUUGAUUAAAACUGGUGCUUAUGGUUUGGUGAUUCCCCACAAUCCCACAGUCUCCGUGAAAACCACUCAACUCAUCCUGUAGCUUCUUUCUUUUUCGGAGAAAAGUCAGCUGCUCCGGCGCUGGCCAGCCCCUGCACACCACCACGGGUGCGCGGUGGGGCUGGGACACGGAGUGGAGCGGGCGAGCGUUUAAGGGAAAAAAAAAAAACUGGACAAAAGCAGAAAUGUGAGCCCGUGCGGCUUUGGUUUCUCAAAGCCGGCGGAAGAUGCGCGUUUGUGCCUUUUUUUUUAUUGCUCUGAUGGAUUUUUGUGGCUGGGUUUUCCGAAGUCCAAGGAACAAUGCCUUAAGAAAAAUAAACAGCAGGAGUCGGUGGGACCGCUCCUUGUGGCCGGUGGGGCCGGAGGCCGGCUCGCAUUGGCCUGGCGCUUCACAAGUGGUCCCUGCCACGGCCAGCAGCUCUGGAGGGCUGAGGUCCUGCCACCCUGUUUCGCUUUAUUGCUGUUGAAGAAAAAUGGAGGUAGUUCCAAAAUAGUGGCAAAUACUGUUGGGGGUUUCGAAGUCCAACAAAUUUUAAAUGAAUCCAAAGUGUUCUUUUUCUCGUACAUCAUAUAACAAUCGAGCAUCUCCAUUUGGUUGUGAAGCAUGUCCUAGGCACACUUUCAGUGUUACGAUUGGAAUGCUUUUUAUUAAAAGCAAGUAGCAUGAAGUAUUGCUUAAAAUUUUAGGUAUAAAUAAAUAUAUAUAUAUGUAUAAUAUAUAUUCCAAUGUAUUCCAAGCUAAGAAACUUGAUUCUUAUGAAAUCUUGAUAAAAUAUUUAUAAUGCAUUUAUAGAAAAAGUAUAUAUAUAUAAAAUAAAUGCAGAUUGUAAAGGUCCCUGGCGAAUGAACGGCUUGUGACUCAGCUCUCAAGGUGCUUGUGGAAAGGGAUCUAGUUUGAAGCUCAUGUUAUUUCUGAACUCCAGAUUGGAGAGCUUUCAAUCACAGGUUCGCCAUGGGACACCUGCCCUGCAAGAUUGUACCUUCAUCUUAAUUAUUUUCUGACCUGACCCCUCCCCACUCCAAGCCUCCAUGCACAUGUGUACCUGAUAAGUUUUUAUAGCAAAGGAUAUCAAUUUGCUGUUGAUUUUGUAUGAAUUUUUCACAAAAAGAUCCGGAAUAAGCAUUGUUUUGUGAAUUUUACAUUUUUUCUCACCAUUUAGCAGUUUUCUGAAUGGUAAUAACGUCAACCUUUUUCCUUUCUAAACUUUUGCUUGUACAUUUUUUUUUUUAACUUUGGAAGGUAUUUUUUAUUAUUAUUAUUAUUUUCAUUUUGUUUAUUUUUGUACAGUGAGCACAGAGUUUAUUUUCAGAGUGAGCACCAAGUGUGCAGCGGGGUCUGAGGUCUGCCCGCCUGGGCCCGCCUGUGGCUGUGCAGAGAGCAUGGAGCCUUCCUUUGCCGCCCGUGCUUUGUGGGCAGGGGGCAUCCUCGCAGUGCUGAGCUGAGGGGCCUGCCAGCCACCACGGGCCAUCAGCAUCCAUGAAAUUCACGUGUAAACAUCUCUGGCCACGUGGUCAGGAUAGCAUUUCUCACUUGGCUUUUCCAAAGAGCUUGUAAACUUGUCGGCCACGCGUGGAGCCAGAGGGCCUACGCACCCUCCCCAGGCUCUUCUGCGGCAGCCACACGGCAGGGCCCCGGCUGGGAGCAGCAGGCCUGAACUUUGAAGCCUGUGGCCGCGGGGAGCCUGGACCCUCACUGCCUGGUGACCCCGUGGGGACAGCAGACUGACUCCCCAUCAGGAUGUCUAUCCUUUGCUUUUUUUUUUUUCUCUUUGACAGUAACUGAAAAGGAUCACUUUUUAGUGGUAACUCAUUUUCCAGCCCUUGAAGCCACCAGUUUCAUUCCAGAGUGUGCAUCGGGUUCUGACUUGAGGAAGUGCAGACGCAGCUUGCCCAUGGGAAGGGAACCCCAGCCAAGUCUCAAGUCUGGUGACAUUUACAGGGUAGCUUCUGGAAGAGACUCUGACGCAGCCAGACUUGGGACCAAAAGAGUCCAGAUUCUUGGACCAGCUUGGUCAUCGGGUUGCUAUUGGUUAGACUCAGGACAGUGGUCAAGAGCAGGGCAGGAAGAAGGGACAUGUCUGGUGUCCCCUCUCCUCCUGGCCCCUUGCCCUGAGGCCCAGGUUGGUGGGGCAGCUGGAGUGUGGGGGCAGCUGGAAGCACCCAGCCCCCACCUCAACAGUGGAGGCAGGGCCCAGCCAGUCGUCUCUUCUGGCCUCCUUGGCCCCCUUACCCUGGGAUCCCCCGCCACCUGCCCACUUCCUGCUGGCUGUGGCUCCUGAGGAGAAACACAUCAUCUGACGUUUUUACAGGUGAUGGGAUAACAGGUGACCUUGGUGGCCAAGUUCCUGUUGGAAAGGGUUACUUCUAAUCUUGUCCAACAGAGACCUCCUCUGCAGAAGGCCCGACGGGGGCCAUUUUCAUUUGUCAGCUCACUCCAGCUUCACAAGCGUGCUUAAAGCAGUACCGUGUAGCCUUUUGUUUUCUUUGAAGACACACUCAGCCCUUCUCCACGGCCAGCCGUCCGGGGCAGAGGGUGGAGGGCCCACCCGGAGCCCCCACCGCCUCAGGGAGGGCACCCACACCUUCCCGCUGUGGUCCCUGGACCUCUAGCCUUUUUGUUCCUUUUCAGAGGCCUUGGGGGCACUGGCCGGGGGUCAGCAAGUGAGCACUUUAUACCCCUUUGCAGGAAACCCCGUGAUGCCGCGGGACUCGUGGUGUCCCCCUGCCCUUCGGGCCUUCCAGCUGCGCCUCAGGGCGCCCGAGCCCCACCAGCAGGCAGCCGUCCCCCGGCCGCCCCCCGGCCGCCUGGGACUAGCCGCCCCUCCGGUUCCGAAGGGCCACUUUGUCAAAGUGUUCGGGUUUUUCUUGACUUCCUUUCCAAGUUUGUUUCCAGAGGAAGGACCGUUUUGUACUGGUUCUGACAUGAAAGCAAGUCUGAUUUUUGCAGCACUAAGCAAUGGAGUUUCUUGUUUUUAAUUUUCGAUCGGAACAUUCCUUCUUUCCUGGUCACAGCCACACGCUCAUUCCAUUCUUCUUUUUGUAGACUUUUGGGCCCACGUGUUUUACGGGCAUUGAUACAUAUAUAAAUAUAUAUAUAAAUACAUAUGAAUAUAUUUUUUUAAGUUUCCUACACCUGGAGGUUGCAUGGGCUGUACGAGCGGCAUGUCUUUAUAUUGUAUACGGAUUUUGCACGCAAACGCGGCAGCUUGGGGAAGAAGAGAAAUGCCUUUCUGUUCCCCUCCCAUGACAUUUGCAGACAACAAAAGAUGGGGAUUUUUUUUUUUUUUUUUUCUGUAAAACAAAACCUUGAAGGAGAGUGGGGGAGGGGGAAACGUUUGCGUCUUAUUGAACUUAUUCUUAAGAAAUUGUACUUUUUAUUGUAAGAAAAAAUAAAAGGACUACUUAAACAUUU